AACCACCAAAGAAGCUCACAGAAAAAGAAUAAACCCCAACUGCAAGUACUUCCCAUUCUCUGGAGGGGACGUGGCCCUGCCUAUCAUAUCAACCACCCAUGCAGCGCUGCCUGACCUUGACUGUUGCACGGCACAGCAGGCUCGUCUUGAGAAAUAAAUUUGCAUCUGUCCAACGCCAACAGUCGGCAGCCAUGUCAGGACUCCUCAUCAACCAGCCCAAAUACUCCUGGCUGAAAGAGCUGGGACUGUCUGAGGACAACCCUGGGGUUUACAACGGGAGCUGGGGAGGCAGUGGAGAGGUUAUUACAUCAUACUGCCCCGCCAACAAUGAGCCGAUUGCCAGAGUGACCCAGGCCACUAUGGCGGAGUAUGAAGAAACAGUUCAGAAGACAAGGGAGGCUUGGAAGAUUUGGGCAGAUAUUCCAGCUCCGAAAAGAGGGGAGAUUGUGAGGCAGAUAGGAGAUGCGCUAAGAAAGAAGAUUAAAGUUCUUGGGAGCUUGGUAGCUCUAGAAAUGGGCAAGAUCUAUGUUGAGGGAGUGGGAGAAGUGCAGGAAUAUGUUGAUGUUUGCGAUUACGCUGUUGGUCUGUCAAGAAUGAUUGGUGGUCCCAUCCUGCCUUCAGAAAGACCAGGCCAUGCCCUGAUCGAACAGUGGAACCCAGUUGGUCUUGUCGGCAUCAUCACUGCCUUCAACUUCCCCGUGGCAGUCUACGGCUGGAACAAUGCCAUCGCUCUAACCUGUGGCAAUGUCUGCCUCUGGAAAGGUGCCCCAACCACACCUCUCACAAGUGUUGCUGUCUCCAAGAUUGUGGCUGAAGUGCUGGAGCAGAACAACCUACCCGGAGCUAUCUGCUCUAUGACCUGCGGAGGUGCUGAUAUUGGCACGGCCAUGUCGAAGGACGAGCGUGUGGAUCUGGUGUCGUUCACCGGCAGCACCCACGUUGGCAAAAUGGUGGCGAUGAUGGUGCAAGAAAGGUUCGGUCGCAAACUUCUGGAACUUGGUGGAAACAAUGCAAUCAUCGUUUUUGAGGACGCUGACCUGAAUCUUGUCGUCCCGUCUGCUGUCUUUGCAUCUGUGGGCACUGCUGGGCAGCGCUGCACCACCACCAGGAGGCUGAUGCUGCACGAGAGCGUUCACGACACAGUGGUUGAGAGGAUCACCAAGGCCUAUAAGCAAGUCCGCAUUGGGGACCCUUGGGAUCCCAGCACCAUGUAUGGACCCCUGCACACCAAACAAGCUGUGGACCAGUAUCUUGCAGCUAUUGAGCAAGCCAAGCAGCAGGGUGGCACUUUGGUCUGUGGAGGGAAAGUGAUGGACCGACCCGGAAACUACGUAGAGCCCACCAUCAUCACAGGGCUGGCUCAUGACGCUCCCAUUGUCCAUACCGAAACCUUUGUGCCCAUCCUCUACGUCCUCAAGUUCAAGACAGAAGAGGAGGCAUUUGCCUGGAACAACGAGGUCCAGCAGGGCCUAUCCAGCAGCAUCUUCACCAAAGAUAUGGGCCGGGUCUUCCGCUGGCUGGGGCCAAAAGGAUCCGACUGCGGCAUUGUGAAUGUCAACAUUCCUACCAGUGGAGCUGAGAUCGGAGGAGCCUUUGGUGGAGAGAAGCACACAGGCGGGGGAAGAGAGUCCGGCAGUGACUCUUGGAAGCAGUACAUGAGGCGUUCAACCUGCACAAUAAACUACAGCAAGGAUCUUCCUCUGGCCCAGGGAAUCAAGUUUGAGUGAAACUGCUAGGGGUUUAUUAAUUUAAGUGUUAAUAAGCCCAAAACAACACAAUGUUUUUUAUUGGCAUAGUGUUGUCCAAUAAAUGCAAGACUUUUGUCGUUUUGCAGUUUUGUAUUCAGAAAGGUCAGUUUUUCAGAUUAAAAGAUUCAGAAUCAUUUUGGAUCUGUCUCAUUCGUCUGUGGUUGAGACUUUAGAUGUGAAUCCUGGAAUUUAAAUUACAGUUUGAAAAUAGUUUUGUGUUAAAGGUCAAAUACAGUUUUUCCAGAUGUUGGUGUGCACUUUUCUUGAAGCACUUAUAAAGCAAGUUAGUGCUAGAUGACUGUACCAAGUACUUUGUACUGUGUUUAAAAAAAAAAAAAUCUUUUCUAUUGUGGAAGAAUAACUGGAGUGGCCCUUACUAACAUGUAAAAGACAAGAUUGUGCAUUCUUACUGUAGGACAUUGAUUUAUAUUAACAGAAAGAUGGUUAGUAUACAAUAUACAGUAUUAUGUAAUAGUGUAAUUGUGGUGCAAAAAGCAUUUCAUUACACACUGCUUAGACAUACUGUAUCAAGAUUACAAAACACUAACAAAGCUUAAUAGAGGGUAGCUAACAAAACAGACUGUUUGCAUCUGUAUUACAGCAUUAAUAUAUUGUUCUGUCCCCAUAAAGCUUGUGUCAAGAAGGAGUCCAGAUGUGAUUCUCAGACAAUAAAACCGACAAUAAAUAAAAGGCUUCUUGUAGA